AUCAAUCGACUGAUCGUUAAACGAGGAAGAUGUACAACUGAUGUGUGCUUUUAAAUUGUUUAAUAAAGGUAAAUGCAAAGCUGUGUGGCUCACGUUUUGUGUGUAUACCUGUGCGUGUUUGUAUUAAUAAACAGAUAGCUAUGCGUCACUUGGUAUUGUUGAUUUCAUACCAUACUUUAACGUUGACUAUUAUUAUCUGAAAUAAUCGUAACAUUUCUUCGUGUAACUAUAUAAGCAUGGAGUUCGGAUAACCAAAUAACGAUGGAUUUGAUUGAAAGAAAAACAACCAACAAGUCCUCUGCUACUCCACACGUGCUGUUCUUUCUUCCUCCUAGAAUGCACGUGACUCCCAUUGUACCAGCAGUCGGAAGUCGGGACUAAUAACUUACAGGUCACGCAUGACCCUGCUAUCCGUGCGUUGUGCAUGUGUUUCUGUGUUUUGUUUGGAUUUGUUUUACCGUUCUUAACAGUUCAUUGCAAGGUGAAAGAAAGUCAAUUUACUCACAAACUUCCUGGAAACCUUUUAAGACAUGUAUUCUGCGAUCCCGAAGGUGUGGCGGGAAGACUUCCCGCAAAAUGUGACACUUGCCCAGCUGAACAAUUCCCUGGUUGAGCUCCAUAUCCCCACAAUCAUUUUCAUCGCCAUCCUGAUGGUUGUCGGCGUUUUGGGCAACAUCCUCGUCGUCUACGUAUAUACCUUCAAAUACUCACCGUCCACAUACCGCUCGUUCAUUUUAUGGCUUGGAUGGAUAGACCUCAUAGCCUGCACAGUUGGGAUGCCUUUAUUGAUCGUCAGUAUGUUGUACCCGUACAUGUUCCCGUCCGAAGCAGCGUGUAAGUCAUUCAGAUUCUUACACGUGUUUUUCGUCGUGGCUUCGGCGUUUAUUGUAAUAGGAAUUGCAAUAGAAAGACACAGAAGAAUUUGCUACCCGUUUUCGGCAGAAAUAACCCCGACAAAGAUUAAAAUAAUGUGCUUUGUAGCUUCAGCUCUUGGAUGUCUAGUGGCUUUACCCGCCAUAUUCGUGUACGGCGACGCAUCAGUUGAUACAGGGGUUCACGGAAUUAAUGGAACCGAAUGCUUCAUUGACCCAAAGUUGAAAGAAUCAAAAUUGCCACAAGGUUACUUUUUGUUCCAGUUACUGCUCACCGUAAUCAGUAUGGUUAUUAUGGGAGUAUUCUACAUACGGAUUGGAAGGACGAUAAUGCGCAGCCAUAGGUUUAUUCGUGAAAAUACAUACAGUGGCAUGCAUAGCAAUACGAGUGGGAAAAAGGAGUGUCCAAAACUGGGUGACUCUAUUCAUGAACAGGAUGAACAAGCGUCAGACGACAAUAACUCAGCAGCAGUUCGUGACGUAAAAUCGCGCGAUACCCGCGAGACAACACCGAACGGAACGUCGUUGAUCACCGUAACUGAAAAGCAAGAUGCGUGUGACAACAAGCGUAACAAAGCUAUCAGAAUAAAAGAUCGCUCAAAAUCACCUAGUCCGGUAAUUGCAGUCCUAACUGCGGACAAAAAAGUUACCAAUCAUGAAAUCAGCAAACCGGAAUCUAACCGGGGUUCAAUGAGCAUCAAGGGACCAAGUCUGCGGACGAAGCAAGUGACCUUAAUGUUGUUCAUUAUAACUGUUGUGUUUGUUGUAAGCUUUGUCCCCCACUUAGUUCUCAUGGUAACGAUUUCCAUAAAAUCCGACUUUCUAAAAGUCAUGUCUCCGGCUGGCGUUGCAGUGUAUAAUCUAUUUCUCCGUUCCUUUGUGAUCAACAACAUGGCAAAUCCAAUCAUCUACGGAUUCUGUGAUAAAAAGUUCAGAGCAGAAUGUGCUAGUGUAGUCUGCAACGUGAUUACGUUUGGAAGAAAAAAAUAGAUUACAGUAUGAAAUAAAUCACAUACUAUACCUAACCUUACAUUUACAUGUACACACAUUAUUCAAGGUAUGACAGUGCCAUUUAUCAUGAACAAUUUGUCAUGGUGUGCAUGGAAUGGCACUUAAAGCCUUCAUACCAGCAUAGUUGUGAAUCAGUCUCUUUGAGGUUUGUUUGUUUUCCACCCAUAUAAACAGAUUUCAUAAAACAGGAUAUUACAAGGUUUAUAAUUCUUUAAUUGUUUCCCGGUCACUAACAGUCUUUAUGUUUUGCUAUAAGCCCCGAUAGAAACAAUUAAAUUGUAUAUCUAAAGUCUUUAAUUGGCAAGAUACAUAACGUCAUAAGUGUCUUGCGGAGAUUAGGUGGUUAUGGGACAACUACACAGACUCGCUUACUGGCUAUAUUUGUUUCUUUAAAUUAGAUGCAUUGUCUUACUGUAUAUUUGAAACCAGUUUUGUCCCGACAUUCUCUGAUAAGGAAUUGUGUGUCUCUUAUAAUAUCAGUAUCAUGUUUUGUAUUGAUUGUAUUGAAAUAGUAGUUUGUAUGCUCACUUAUCCAUUACAAAUGUAUGUGUGUUUUUUGGGGGUUAUGUAUGAGAAAGGUCGUCGAAAAAGGUCGAGUGAGGUCAAAAAAUUGAGUAAGACAUUUAGUUUUCAGUUCGACAUUUUCAUUGCUCAAGUUCCGUAUAUUGAUUGUGUGUCCGAUUUUAUUUGUUGCACUGUAUUUAGUUUCAAUGUGAAACAUAAGUUCAAUAGCAUCAAUGCAAUCCAUUAGUAUUAUUUUGGUACGUUUUAAGGCGACGGCCUCUAAAUAAGUUUGAAGACGGAUUUAAAGAAUAUUUUGUGAUCCAAUCGCUUAUGUGACCCGCAUCAUCCAAAAAUGAGUCUUGUGUUUAUGGGUGCAGUCUGGACAGAGCCACGCAGUCCGCUAUAACGUCACAUCAGAUAGAGUAGUAUUAUUAGCGGACAGGGCGGCUCCAGGUUAUUCUAACAGUAUAAACCGGCCGUAUAUGAAAUACAAUCAAUGUGUGUAUGACGUGGCUUAUAGUUGUCGAAAUUUUGUGAAGGAACUUUAUUGUACUAGUUUAGUCUGUAUAGCUCAUAAAAUGACAUGACAAAAGGUGACCAGAAAGGCCAGCUUUAUAACUGUUAAACGUUGUACAUACUGAAGCCGUCUGUUAACAUCUCUCACAUUUACAAGCGAGUACUCAGUAUUAAUGCAAACGAAGUCUUCUUAGUUGUAUGAACUGUUUAACAUACAUGAUAUUAUAUAUUUGUUCAUGCUAGUCUCAACGAUCCACUUGUUUGUCAUCAUUUAAAGAUGUUUAUUUAUAAAUUGUUUUGAAUAAAUGUGUAAGUUGAAA